AUGACGCAGAAUUCAAUUUUCGAAGAGCAACACAGGACAGUUUCUUCAAUGGAGGUUUUGAAUUGCUUGGAGAAGAAGGGUUAUGCUAUGGAUUUGUUUAGACUUUUAAGGUUAGCAAAAGUAUGCAUUGAACAAGAAGCUUUGGAAUUCGUGAGUGUAUACCAUUGCUCUGGUUUCCCCUUUUUUGAUAUUAGAUCUCGCAAUGUUAUCGUGGAAAUGUAUUCUAUUUGUGGAUCUGUUGAUGAUGCAUUGGGAGUGUUCGACGAAAUGCCUGAGAGAAAUUUGGAGACUUGGUGUGUUAUGAUGAGGUGUUUUGCUAAAAGCGGAUACAGUGAAGCAGCAAUCGAUUUGUUUAAUCGUUUCAAGCAAGAAGGGAACAAACCAGAUGGAGAUAUAUUCAAAGAAGUCUUUGCUGCGUGUACGUUGACAGGAGAUGUUGACGAAGGAUCAUUGCAAUUUCAAUAUAUGUGCAGAGACUGUAGAAUCGUACCUUCCAUGUAAAAUUAUCAGAGUGUUACCAAGAUGUUGGCUACAUCUGGCUACUUGGAACCGAGUGUUGAUGAGUGGGAACUACUGAUGAAUCUUUCUCUGGUUCAUGGAGAUGUAGAGCUUGGAGAUAGAUGUUAUGAGUUGAUUGAGAAGUUAGAUGCCACGAGACUGGAUAAGUGGCAACUGCAGGUCUUGUAGCAACCAAAGCAUCAGACUUUAUUAAUGAGGCACAGAGCUGUGACUCUGUAUAUAUUUAGACCGGAAGAUACUUCACAUUCAGAGACGAAGAUCAUUUACGAGACACUAAUGAGUUUGAGGUCACAACUGAA